AUGUCGAAAGCAAAAUACAUUUUUGAAGGAGGAUCCUCAAACCGACCUCCAUUCUUUGAUGGAUCAGACUAUUAUUUUUGGAAAAACAAAAUGCAGUUGUUCUUAAAAUCUCAAGACACAGGAAUGUGGCGCAUCAUUACAGAUGGAGAUUUCACACCAAGGGUUGAUCAAGAUGACUCGAAUUCUGCCUUAAAAAAGGAAGCAGAUUGGACAGCAGAAGAUAAAGCUAAGGUACUUUUAAACUCUAAAGCUCAAUUAUUCUUAUCAUGUGCUUUAAGCAGGGAAGAAAGUGAAAGGGUAGAUGAAUGCACAACUGAAAAAGAAGUUUGGGAUACAUUGCAAACUCACCAUGAAGGAACAAGCCAUGUCAAAGAAACAAGGAUAGACAUUGGUAUAAGGAAAUUCGAAUUGUUCGAAAUGCAAGAAGGAGAAACCAUUGAUGAAAUGUACUCAAGAUUCACCACAAUAGUAAAUGAAAUGCGUUCUCUUGGCAAAGCUUAUACUGUGCAAGAAAGAGUAAGAAAAAUCAUGAGGUGUCUCCCAAUCAUUUGGAGACCAAUGGUGACAGCUAUAAGCCAAGCCAAGAACCUUGAGUCACUGCCUCUGGAAGAACUAAUUGGAACUCUAAGAGCUCAUGAGAUAGUAUUGCAAGAAGACAAACCAGUCAAGAAAGGAAAGGCAAUAGCACUGAAAGUCUCUCAAGAAAAAAUCACAGUUCCAGUUGAAGAGGAAUCAGAAGAGAAUGAACAAGGAGAUGCUGAUGAAAUCGCGCUUCUCACUAGAAGAAUUCAAAGAAUGAUGAGAAGAAGAGAUCAAAUCAAAAAGGGAUUUCAAAACAGAAAUCCUAAAACAGAGAUUGACAAGAGUCAAGUCACAUGCUUUGGAUGCAACAAAUUGGGACAUUACAAGGCAGAAUGUCCAUCAAACAAAAAUCCACCAAAACGAUUUCCCUUCAAAAAGAAAUCAAUGAUGGCAACAUGGGAUGAUUCAGAGGAAUCAGAAACAGAAGAAGAGGAAGAAGAAGCCAACAUAUGCUUGAUGGCAAAAACAGAGGAAGAUGAGGUAAUGAAUUCUGAACCAUGUCAUUUAUGUCAACAAAUGGGAAAUGAAUUUGAUAACUUGCUAAAUGACUCAAAUCUCCUUAUUCAAAAAUGUAGUUCUCUGAAAGAACAGUUUUAUAAAGAGAAAGAAGAGAAGGAAAGAAAUCAGACUGAAAAUAAUUUGUUAAAAAAAUUGAUUCAAGAAUUGAAAGAAACAAGAGUUUUUGAAAGUGAAGAAUGUCAAGAACAUUCUGCGCUACAAACGGAGAACGUUCAACUUAAAAAUGAAAACGAACUUCUCAAAACUGAUUUACUGAACUUCAUUAAAGCCACUGAAACUUUUCAUAACAUCAUGGGAUCUCAAAUAGGAAUUUUUGAUAAAGCUGGUCUUGGUUUCAAUCAAACCCAAAAAACCAAACUCUAUGAAAACUUCUUUGUUGGUUUUCAAAAUACAAAGAGAAAGCCUUGGUUCUUGGACAGUGGCUGUUCAAGGCACAUGACAGGAGAUAGAAAUUGUUUCAUAACCUUCAUCAAGAAGGAUGGUGGUUCGGUUACAUUUGGAAAUGAUGAUCAAGCUCAAAUUAAGGGUAAUGGAACCAUUGGUAAGACAAACUCUGCACAAAUAAAUGAUGUUCAGUACAUGCAAGGAUUAAAACACAAUUUAUUAAGCAUAAGUCAGUUAUGCAACAAUGGAUGCGAAGUCGUUUUCAAGCCAAAGGUAUGUGAAAUCAAGAAAGCUAAAACUGGAAAAAUUCUGUUUUCUGGAAAGCGAAAGAAAAAUUUAUAUCAUACUCAUCAUUACUCCACCUUUUUCUCUCCAUCUUCUCAAGCCAGAAAACUGUUUCUCUUCUCACCUUCUUUUCUUGAGCAGCAUACUCAUCAUUACUCCACCUUUUUCUCUCCAUCAUCUCAAGUCAGAAAACUGUUUCUCUUCUCACCUUCUUUUCCCCAAAAGCUGGACUAA